AUGGGAGGAGAUGUCAUCCACGCCGAGAUCGCUCGAGUCGACGCUCCUCCCGGCGCUCCAGUGCCCCCCUUCUCGGAGCGCCCAUCCAGCCACGCUCCUCCACUCGGCCUGGUUUCGCCCGGGUCGGCCGUCGCACUGGCAGGCCCUCAUGUCGAACAUCGAUGCAUGAAGCCAAUGCCGCAAGCCGAGGAACCAGAGGAGCGCUACACGAUGUCGGUCGCGCGUAGGCUGCGCACCGAUACAAAACCCUUCCCGUCUCUUCUCCAAGCCCAGGCCGCCUCCUCCUCAACACGAGCCGCCCUCCUUUCGCCCCUGGCGAAAUCCUCGACAGACUCGUCGUCGGAGUAUCGGCACGAGCCGGCAGACCCACGCGCGUCGCGGCGGAUGAGCGAAGGAGGUGGCAGCCGUCCUGGGUCGGCGAUGUCUAUCGUCGCAUCGUCGGGGAAGAGUGCGGCAUCGAGCGCUGGGUCGGAGGUCGAUGAGCUGGAAGAGAGGGAAGACGAGGAGGACGAGAGCGAGCGAGACGAGCUGGACCAGAGGGAACAUGAGCAGGCAGAGGGGCAGCGAGAGGGCUCGGCUUCGGCUGCCAAGAAGCCAGAGGGUGGGAAGGAGAGCGCGGGAGGCGAGAUUGAGGGCAGGGAGGAGGAGGCACUGUCCAGUCAGGUCGACGCCGUGCAGAUCGACCAGGACGAGGACGAGGAGGAAGCCGGCGCCGAGACGACCAAGGGCACGCAGGACGAGCCCCAUCUCGAGGCGGCAGAGGCAGCAGGGCCCGAGCGUCGAUCAUGCUUCUCGACGCCCUUUCAGCCAUGGGCGCUCGGCUCCGUCGCGGUUCCUAACCCCUCGGCGGCGCACCAGAAGAGGGAUGACGCUGCGGAUUUGAGGAGAAUCCGCCAGGCAAUGAUCGAGUCGCGCACAAUCGAAGCGCUCGAUGCUGCGACGGGCGACAACGACGACGCUCACUUUGCGCCCUCGCCGACCACCUCCGUCCUUGCCCAGCUCGACGCCAGGCGAGACUCCGCGGCCGGCCGCAUGUUUCUGGCAGAAGGUGCCUGCCAUCUCGCCAUCAGGGGACGCAAUCAAGCCAUGCCAGACGCCUCCUCCCCCCACCAGGGCUUCAUAGAAGAAAUGGCAGGAGAAGAUGAUGUCACGGGCGAGCCUGCGACGCAGCUCCAGCCGCCUGCUCCCAUGGCCGACACUGCCCCUACACACGCCAUUCAGACCGCCUCUACCAAGCCCAAUCAGCCGUCCAUCGCGCAGCCUGAGACGCAUUCUUCCUCCUCAGACACAGACGACACAGACGACGACGAGCUAGACGCCAUCAAGCUGGGGCCUGAUGGCGAGCUCAUUUACGUCCCUCAACGUCACCUUGAUGCGGCGGCGCCCGAGGUGGCCGCUGCUCUCCGAGCCACAGUAAAGAGAAACAAGGAGGCUCUAGAGAAGAAGAGGAGACCAGCGCCCUUAGUGCUCUACCUCCGGACGCCGUUCUGUGUCUUCCUGAGUGCGCUGCCAUCGUAA